AGGUCGGGGCGUCGUGGCUAUCCUGUCUGCGGUGCUCGCCGAGCCAGGAGGAUUCCACCGCUGCACGCGAUGGCUGGCCGGGGGAAUGCGCCUCCGCCCGCGGCAAGCGGCGUGGCAGGUCGGGGAGGAGCUGCUCCGCCGGUUCAGGGGUCUGGUCGUGGAGCCCCUCCGAUCGGGCUUCGGCCGCCUGCGCCGGUCGGGGGCGCUGCUGGGCGUGGUGGUGCGCCCCCGCCGCAGCACAACCGCAGUGCUCCGCCUCCUCCUUUACGGCAGCCGGGAGGCAACCAAGUCCCCUCGACCCAGGGAGCCCGGGUUUCGGCGACGUUGCCGACGACGGCGGGUCGGGGCGGACUAAGGCCUGUGGCGCCGGUUCACCGGGGUGAGCAUCGGCCCCCCCUUUCGGUGGCCACUUCAUCGGUGACUGCUGCGGUGGGUUCGACCGGGACCGGACCCGCGGCGCCGGGGAUAGAUGCGGCCGGCCGGGCGGGAGGAUCAACCGAGUCUGGGAGUGUGCAUCAUGGUGGUCAGCAGCGGGCGUCACCGCAUCAUCUGGCCGUUCCGCAUGCGCAAAACAGGAUUGGGCAGACUCAGGCUCAGGGCGGGCAGGUUAACAACAGUGGGGGUAAAAAUGCUCCUCCACGAGGCAAGUGGGGUGAUGACGGUUAUGACGCAUAUGGUGUCGGUCAACAUCGAGGUUCUUCUUCCACGGGAGGAGGCCGUGGGUUUGCAUGGCAGAGCGACGGGUCGGCUGAGAGACCGUUUCUAGGCCCAGCUGGAGGCUUUGUUGAGGGGGCGUCAGGCCCGGAUCACAGACAGAGAGGAGGGUUUCGCGGAUACCGUGGCCGUGGUGGAGGCCGAGGGAGGUUUCGCCGGCCGCCUCCACCCAGGGUGGCUGACACUGCCGAUGCGGUAAUGGAUACGGACCAUGUUGCCCCGGAGUUACCAUCCCAGGCUAUGGAGGUGGUUAAUGCUCUUGCUGUUGUUGAUGUUCCUGGGACUGCAAAAGACACCGAGGCGGCUGACCGGGCUGAGGUAGAGCGGGCAUCCAAGUAUGCUCGUAAAAAAGAGAGGAUGCUCUGUUACCGGUGCGGUGAGAAAGGUCAUUUCAUUGCGGAAUGUGUGGCCCAACUUUGUGACUCCUAUGGCAAGCCGGCUCAUGCGUCGGGAGAGUGUCCUUUUUUGAGGGAGCAGACUCCAGCUCUUACAGUCUACGGCGUGUACUGUGCUGAGCUUAUGUUUUUUGAGUCAACAGCUGCGAGGGAGAUUCCAGUUGAUGCUUAGAGUCUCACUACUGGUUUAGUGAAGGUCACCCAGGGAGAUGUCUCACAGGCUCAGAUUGUGCAGAGACUGCAGCAGCUGGCUCCGGGUGAUUUUCAGUGGGACCUUGUUUCUAUUGAGGAGAGAGUGUUCAGAGUUGAGUUCCCUUCAGUUGAGGACUUGCAGCGAUUGCUGAGCUUUGGGAUGUGUAAGGUGCCAGGCUCUACUGGUAUUUUAGAGUUUCAUGAAUGGAAGAAAGUUGAGCCUAAGGGGAAGCCGCUUACUCAGCUGUGGCUGCGUUUUUCUGGAGCGCCUUCUGAGGCUAUGGCUGAUGUUCGUGUGGUGGCUAGUUUGGGGAGGUUGGUUGGUAAGACGGAGAAGGUUGACAUGGCGUUCACUCGAGCACAGGGGGUGGCCAGACUGCGAGUCAGUAUUUUGGACAUAGAGUAUGUUCCGGAUGUCGUCAAUUGGACAUAUAGGGGAGAGGUAUUUCCCCUUGACAUAGAGUUUGAGGAUGCGGAACUGUUUGCUGUGGUGGCCGUGGGUACUGAUGUGGACAUGCACGAAGGGGGAGGGGAUGCUGCUGGAUCUGGGGGACCGACUGAGGAGGCUGGACAGGAGUCCAACGGUUCGGGACCUAACGGAUCCGGAGUGGAGCCGUCUCACACUUCAUCCACGCCUCAUAACUCUUUGCGGUUUGGGUCCUUUCAGUCGUCGUCAGCCCCUCCUCGCCUCUGGAGUGAUCGGGUUGACUCUGAUGAGGCUUUUGAGCAUUCGCUCCCGGUCUUGGACUUUGGACCGGCUCUUCGGCGUAUGGAUGGCGCUCGAGCGAUGGUUGGGCGCGCGGUGGAGUCUCAGGGGUCGCCGGUGCUCCCAGGGCCGUCGGUGCCAUCAAGCGGCCGGCAGGAGCUCGGCUUGGCUCUUUCUCCGAGGGGAGGGGUGUCGGGGCAGGCGGCCACGACUACCUCUCCUCCUACCUUGUCACAGGUGUCGACCCCUGUGGCGCCUGGGGUCGGUGUUGGUGAUCCAUCUCUGGGGCGGGUGGCCCUGGAUGAUUGCCUCUCGGGAGCUCUGCGGGUGGCGAGCCAGCCGGAGGCGAUGGCCAGUGGGCUGGGGUGGGUGGCCCUGGAUCCUCUUGUCUCGGCGGCGGCCGAGACAGCAGUGCUCUCGUCUGCAGGAGUGAGAGCUGGGGGGGAGGGACUAGGGCAGGCGGCUCUGGCGCAUCUCCCUUCUGGCUUCUCCCCCGACCUUCAGAGGUCUCCCCCCAUCCGGUCCCCUCCGACUGCCAUUACUCGGGAGGAGGUAAUUGCGUUCGGGGGGAUCCCGGACCCGGCUUCUCAGGGGAGACAGAUGAGCUCACGUAUCCAGGACCUAUCGGAGGUGGAUGACAUUCAGCAGCGGUGCGCUAUGCGGGCGGCCAAGAUCCGAGAUGUGGAGGCCACUACUGGUUAUCUUCAGAGCCACGGCACUUAUCCGUUCCUGGUCGCUACUCACUCCGACGGAGGCCAGGGAGCGUUUGGUUACUGGUGCUAUCCGAUGGGAGACGGUAGCACGGGAUAUCUUCAGCCGGUUUGGAUGGCGGUCAUGUAAUAGGAUAGGCAAUUAGUUUACCUGUCUUUUGUUCAGCCAACCGGUUGUGGUUUAUCCUUUGUUGGGCUAGCUUAUGUAUCUAGCCUUUGGGCUAUGUGUGAGCCUUGUCGUUUGUUUUUUUUAGUUUGCUACUACUGAGACUUCGAGACCUUGUGGAUGUUUUAUUUUUAAUAAGAUGGCCGUAUGCAUCGUGCUGAUGCAGAGGCCGGGGAUCCCCCCUUUUCAAAAAAAAAA